AUGUUGCAGAUGCGAAAACCCGCGAUGGAGAAACGACGUCGAGAGAGAAUAAAUGUGGCAUUGGAGGAAUUAAAACGCUUGGUUGCCGAACCUUUCCUCAAGGAGAAUGCUCAGAAACUAGAGAAGGCAGACAUCUUGGACCUGACGGUCAAAUUUGUGCUCGACUGCAUUACAAGAGCUAAGAAGCUUAGCAAUCAGCCGCCAACAAGCACCUGGACACAGCAAGCUCACUGGAUCAGUUUCAUGGCGGGCUACAGCGCCUGUGAGGCCGUGCUCAGA